GAGCAGAAUCAUGAGUACCUUUGGGUACCGCAGGGAGCUGAAGAAGUACGAGGAGGUGGACGAAGACGAGCUGCUGGCCACUCUGUCCUCGGAGGAGCUCCAGGAGCUGGAGAGGGAGCUGGCCACCCUCGAUGACAACAUCCCCAUCGGCCUGAGGCAGAAAGACCAGACUGCCAAAACCCCAACGGGGAACUUUGACAGAGAUGCUUUGCUGAAAUACUGGGAGGACGAGAACAAGAAGCUGAUGGAGGACGAGAAGAUGGAGUCCAAUGGAGGACAGGAAGGACGUCAAGAUAAGAGCAGAGGGGAGCGAGUGACAGUGACCACCAGCGAUGCCAGUAAAACUGUGGACAGCGACAGGAGGAAGUUUUCACAGAAGGGGAAGAAAGUUCAGAGUGUCUACAACAAAAAUGAUGUGAAGGAAGAUGAGGCGGAAAAGAAAGAUGAGUGUAAAAAGGAGGCUCUGAUCAGGAUUAAAUGUCCUCAGAAAAACGGUCUGUCAAAAGGCACGAGGAGUGAAUCGAGGAGGAGUGAAAUGACAGAACAAAACCUGAAUGCAACCUCUGACAGAGCAAGCGGGAACCCGAUUGUAAUUGAUGAAACUCUGGAGCAGAUCCGGAGUGACGAUCCCACCAUGAGAGAAGUCAACCUUAACAACAUCGAAGACAUUUCCCAAGAAACCUUGCUUCGUUUUGCCGAGGCCUUGUGCACAAACACUCACGUCCACAUGUUCAGCCUCGCCAACACCCACGCCGAUGAUCGGGUUGCCUUCGCCAUCUCUAAGAUGCUCCGUGAGAACCGCUUCAUCAGGAACCUGAACAUUGAGUCCAACUUUGUGUCUGGUCAGGGUAUCCUGGCUCUGCUGGCAGCGCUUCAGCAUAACAGGACACUGGUGGAGCUUCGCUUCCACAACCAGAGGCACAUUUGCGGGGGUAAGGUAGAGAUGGAGAUGGUCCAGCUGCUGAGGGAAAACACAACUUUGCUCAAGCUUGGUUACCAGUUCGACCUCCCGGGUCCGAGAAUGACAGCGACCAGCAUCCUGACACGCAACCAGGACCAAGAACGACAGAGGAGGCUCCAACAGAGGAAGGAGCAGAGUCCUCCAGAGGUGUCAGGACAAGGUCCUGGUUCAUCUGCAGAAAACAGACCACAGAAGAAGCCCUCACAAUCUUCUAAGACUGUUGAAAAUCAGAUCAGAAAUCCCCCUGCUCCUCCUCCUCCUCCCCCUCCUCCAUCUUUAAAUCCACCAACGAGGAAGAUCUCUGAAAUGGUCAAACAGCAUGAAAGUUCAAACAGCACGAACAUUCAGUCAAACCAAAAAAAGCCAAAGUCAAAGAAGCUCAAGAACGGGGCCAAUGAAAAGGAGAGUGCAGAUAUUCUCAAAGACCUGAAGAACGCCUUGAAGCCGUCACUGCAGAAGAGACGAGACGAACCAUCACGUCUUCCACCACCACAGAGGUCAAGCCGCGAUGACCUGAUGGCGGCAAUUCGUGGGAGCAGCAUUGGGUCCUUAAAAAGGGUGGAUCUGUCAGAGGGCUGAACUCACCUGCUGAUCACACCUCAACUUUUCUCACUUUGUAUUGAAACAUUUCAUUUUUAUUUAACACUAAAAAUGUCACUUUGUAACGGUAUCUUAUUUAAAUUGUCACACGGCGUAGCAGCAGACUGCAUUUCUGUAUGUUUCAGACGUUGUUGUUGUAUUUUGUUACUGUGUGAAACUGACUGUGAAUACUGAUGUGUAGAGAAAUAAAGUUUAUGUUCUGACUCUGCUUACGUUUAUGUUAUAAAAACAUA